AUGUACGAGAACUAAGGCCCUGCCCAAAAGUGAAGGAGACUCACUGAAAUCUUCAACUUUCUUUUCUUCAUCUUUUCCUGGUACCCUGUGGUGGUUUUGUGGUCUCGCUCCUUUGCUAACUGUAGUUUCUAUUGUUUUUUGAAAUGGCGAGGGAAUACGACCAUCUUUUUAAGCUACUUAUUAUAGGGGAUAGUGGAGUGGGUAAGAGUAGUCUCUUGCUUAGGUUUGCUGACAAUUUAUUCUCUGGUACUUAUAUUACUACGAUUGGUGUGGACUUUAAAAUAAGGACUAUUGAAGUGAAUGGGGAGAAAGUGAAGCUACAGAUAUGGGACACUGCUGGCCAGGAAAGGUUCCGUACAAUUACCUCAACGUAA